UCUGAAUAGUCCCCUCUUUUCGUUCUUUUCUAGUCUGUCAGCUGCGCGAACACUGUAGUCCACACACUAUAAAACGAGCAGACUGGUUCGUGAGAGUAAGUAGCCCCGACAUCGAGCAAGGAUCAAUCAUGAAAGUUACUACGAGCAGCAGCGAACCGGGCCCGACUGCGAAUCUGCCCCCUCUUCUCCGGGGUGAAGCAAUAGCAGCAGCCGUCGCCCCAGUAGAUGUAUCCGUGGACAAUGGGAACGCGUACGUCCGAGUCCAAGCCCUGUUCGUCACGAGCCAUCGUGUCAUUUUGGAUUUCGGUACAAGUACAACUUGCGGCGCUCCUCCGCACCAGAGGAGCUCGGAACAUGCGGAGCUUGAAGUCGCCAUCCGAAAGUCCUUUUCCUCCGCCGCGCCGUCAUUCCAACCUGAGCAAAGGACCACGGCCUCCGCAGUAUCCUCGAGUUCGAGGUCCAGCAGUGGUUCUUCCGGGGCGGUUCGAAAUGCAAGCGCCUCUUCGACUUCCGAAAUAGACAUGCGCGCAUCGUACUCUACUUCGGAUCAGUCGCCCGCCGCGAUAAGGCUGGACCGGGUGGAGGCGGUCUUGUUGCAAGGUAGCGGGCUCUUUCGCCGACAGCGAGUUCAGGUGGUUGUUCGAACUUCAGAGCAGAUGGAAGCCGGCGUACAAAGGAGCAGUGUCGGAGUACUGCCAAGUGGAGAUGGUGGCACAACGAGAACACAACAACCAAAGGGCGCCAGUGCGAGCGCCGCGCUGCUUUUUCGCCCUGAGAGCCAGGAGCAGGUAUUGGCCCUCUUCCACUGCUUGCAGAAGCAGAUCGAAGGACGUGCCUGGGUGCAGACCGGCGGUUAUCAGGAAACUAUAGGGAGUGGCACCACUGCAGCUUCAACUGGAUCAAGAUCCGACGGCGCUGACGCUGCCUCUAGUAAGAACAGAACUGCAGCUCCCAGUACGGUCGGCGGCAUUACGGCGGUCUUGCAAAGGAGCGAGGCCAGGCAGGCUUUGGAGAAGCAGCACGCGGAGCAGGGCCUGCAGGACUUCCAGAGCUUGAAGAAAAACGCAGAUCUGCUGGCGAAACUGGCCAAACGCGUGGCCAACACCACGAGUUCCGCGUCUAGUGCAAGUUCCGACGACAACGAAAUCCGCAAACUACUGCGGGAUUACGGGCUGUGCACGGAUAAGGAGAAGCAGAAAAACGCCACCGCCUCGAGUUUGGGUGAGACUCGGGUACCUUUGGAGGACCACGGGGGAAAGGGAGCAACUGCUGGACGAGAAGAACGUAGCUCCGAAACACAAGCAUUUUCUGGUAUCCCAGAAAGACAAGAAGAGUCGCAGCCACGAGCUGCUACUGAUCGUAGAAGCGGCGAUCAUGCUGAGAAGUCCGACACCAGCCACGAUGAGCUCACGGUUAGCUGGGUGGUGAAGAGGGCACUGGCGAAUACCAACGCAAACGAAAUUCUUGUCCACGACGUAUUUUGUCUUUACAAUCGCCUGCGCGGCACGGAUCCGGUCUCCCCCGCCGAGCUGCUGGAGAGGAUUCAAGCAGAGAGCAGUCAAACGAGAGACAAAGGAAAUGACGCGUCUGGAAGUAUUAGAGUUGGGGGGAAGAAUUCUGUGUCUGAUUUCGAACGCGACUCGAUAGUGUUGCGAAAGGUGAAUAACGUGUCGAUUCUGGAAAUGCGAGCAAAGGCUGAGUCGCCGACGGAGGUGGGCCGGCGGAUUGUGCAGACGAUUGCGGAUCGGGAGACCACCGCGGCGGGGGGAGCGACUGCUGCGACAGGCAUUAGCGCUGCGGAGCUGGCAUUGGCGUGGAACAUCAGCUUGGGACUGGCCGUUGCGAAGCUGAAACUCGCGGAACAAGCAGCGAUUUUGUGCAGGGACGAUACGGUGGAGGGGCUCUUCUUCUACGAGAACAGAUUUAUGAUGAUGGGCGAGGUUUUUUAAUCUUGCUUGAAGAGUAAGCAAUCAAUAAUGGCGCAGAUUUGUUGAUGAAAAAAAUGACGAAGUAGAAGUAAAUGUAAGUACCGCACGGCAGAGCAUGUUUACUGUUUUUUGCUCUGUUUUAUUGCACAUGGAAGGCCAAGAGAUGCGGAAGCCGCAUAGCAGAAAAACCAAAACUCAUCCUGUGGGAGGUGGGCCUUUCGCUGCUAGCCAC